AUGUGCAGAUUGAUCCGAUCGACUGGAGCAUUGUUUGCUCUUGGGUGCAAAGUGCUCCGCUGUCCCGCGGUGUGUGACACAACUCUAGUGAAACGAUCAGAACAGUCAGAUCUGCUGAAUGAUGACGCGAUACAACCCGAGUCGACCGCCGGUCUAUGCCUACGUAUCUUUCAGCGUUCUACCCAACUGUUGGAGUCCGGUGGACUAAAUAUGGACCCUAGUGUCAACUCCUUAUCUCCUAGAAGCACUACUGUGGAAUCCAGUUUGGUCGAUGGGAAAUCCUCCGAUUGUAAUCAGUUGAAUAAUUUGACUAAUCAAAUAAUCUCUUCAAUUCAAGCGAUGCAACCCAAUUUGUAA